AUGAAGGAAAGCAGUACGUUGCUGCACAGCUCUUGCUGGAGAGAAGUGGAAACAUCUCAUUGCCAUUCAGCCACUUCAGUAAGCAGUCCUCAAAGUACAGCUGCUUGGAAACAGUUACUUACGGCCACAUUCCUGUGCCUUAUAUUUAUGGUGGCCGAAGUAGUUGGUGGGUACCUCGCUGGGAGCUUGGCGGUGCAGACUGACGCAGCGCACCUCCUCUCCGACUUGGCUGGCUUUGGAGGGAGUCUGCUGGCAAUGUGGCUGGUUCGGAGGCCGCCGUCGCGCCGCCUGACGUACGGUUGGGCUCGAGCCGAGCCGCUGGCCGCUCUGGCCUCUGUGCUCUUGCUCUGGGCAGUCACCAUCGCGGUGGGGGGCGUCGCGGUUCACCGAUUGCUGGUCGGCGACUAUAAAAUAAACGCUGACACAAUGAUGGUGGUGUCUGGCUUAGGAGUCAUCAUCAAUAUUGUGUAA